AUGGUGCUGUGGGAGCUGACGCUGGCGACGGCGUAUUUCCUCGGGCUCAAGCGCACGUACCGCUUGGCGCUCAGAAUUCAGAAGAAAGUGCUUCUCUCGCGACCCGGGAUUCGCGAUUUCGCGAAGAGGCGCACGCGAGCAGUGUUCCGAGUGGCGCUCACAGCCGUUGAGACCAUCCAGAAGAGGGACAUCGAGAUUGGUCGAUCCGUGGGGAACUUCCUCCUCCGCUUCCUCGACCGCAUGAAGCCCUCGGCGCACAUCCGGGGGGAUGGACCACACAUGCCGGGGGGUUCAGCAGGAGGUGUUCAUUCAAACCAUAGUUCCGUGCCAGGGGGUUGCACAGGGGCCACUGGGACCGUUUCAAAGCACAUUGCGGGAGAAACAGAGGGUACUAGUGCGUCUGUUGCGAGGCACGCAGCACACCCCUGCUGUUGUCACCCCUGCUGUUGUCACCCCUGCUGCGUUCUCUUGCAUGCCAAGAAUAGUCCAACCGCUGCUGGCAAGUCCUCCCAGAUGACCAACGUGAACCGCUGCAAACAGCAGCUCAAGCAUCGGUUUUGA